GUAUUGAUGAAUUAGUUAAGAUGGAUUGGCCUUAGAUUGGAUCUCAUGAUCAAGAAAUGGAUUCAGUCUUUGAAGACGUUCGUGCGUCUUUACCUUGCAAGUGAGAAGCAGCUCUGCGACCAAGUAUUUGAGGAGUGUGACUCUGCAAAAUUGCAUUGUUUCAUUGAGGUUUCGAAAUCUUCGAUGUGGCAGGUGCUGGAUUUUGUCGAAGCCAUAUGCACUGGGUCUGCAGAGCCGGAAAAGCAGUUUCGGAUACUUGACAUGUAUGAGUUGCUUACUGAUCUCAUUCCAAAGGUAGAUGCUUUGUUCUCUGGCCAAGCUCGUUGUUUGUUUCAAAUGGAGUACCGAGAAGCAAUUAAUCGGUUGGGGUGUUGUGUGAAGAGAACAUUUUUGAAAUUUGAGACUGCAGUCCGAUGGGAGCCGUCUACGAAUCCAUUUGCGCAAGGUGGAAUUCAUCAUCUGACAAGAUUAAGGGUUCGGACCUCAGGAUCAUUUUCGGAGAUCCGUGGCUUAAAAGACAGAUUGGGAAAUUCCAACUUCAGGCUAGAGAAUAGAAGCGUGCUACAUGGGGAUCAAUCCUUGAUUUACUAAAGAGUGAACCAGGUGGUGGUGCGAGACCCGUCUCAAAGAAAAUUCUCAGAGAGAGGUUCAGGAGCUUCAUCCUUGCUUUUGAAGAGGUUUACAAAAUCCAAACAGGAUGGUUGAUCCCAGAUCUUCAGCUUCGAGAUGAGGUACAGAUAUCAGUCUCCGGGUUAGUAAUUCAAGUGUAUCGGUCCUUCCUGGAAAGCCAUUACAAUCAGCUGGAUGUUGGAGGUUACUUUGGGAAGCGCAUCAAAUACAGCACCGACGAUUUGGCAAAUCAUCUCUUGGAGUUGUUUGAAGGAUCCUCCAAGUCGCUGCACUAGCCCUGUCAUGAGGUACUAUAUCAUCAGAUGUAAGUAGUUCUCAUGUUGUAUGCAAUGUGAUAAUAGUAUUUUCUAGUCAUUCUUUGUUCAUAUCGUUUCUUCAUUUUUGUUAGCAGUUGUGUAGAAGUAGACUUAUAGAUUCUCAUGCAGUAAAACUCAGUGUUGUUAAAUUUUCUGUCACUAUGUUAGGUUCCUGAACAUAAGAUUGUUAGUAACCAACUGUCGUGUAAUUUUCAUGCUCUCACGGUCAGUAGUACAGCAUUGUAAUCCUUCAAAAAAAAAAAAAGAAAACUAGUAAGCAAAACUUGACGUACCCUAGGUUCUCUUGUAAAAUUGUCUUUAGAUUUGUGUAAGCAUUAACAAUGGGAUUCUAUUAUACCUGUUACUUGAUUGUCCCACUAGUUCAAGCCCUUUAACCUCUUUUUCCUUCAGUUGUAUUUUCGUAGUAUUCAAUACAUAUCAAACUAGUAAACUGUACAUGUUGAGCAGCUCUAUUUGGACUAUGUAUGAAACACACUGAUCAUCCCCUGCCAAGACAUUGCCAUAUUUUUUUUCUUGGGAAAACAGUACACAUACAAGCUUAGCUGCUCAGGUUUGUAGUCUGAGUAGCAUUUGGUCUAGUUAUAAGAUUAGAGAUAGUAAUAGUGCGAGCAGUACUAUCAUCUGUAGGAGAUGCUGCUGUAAUAGUCACUAGAGAAUUUAGUUGUGGCUGCCAAUCAAGCCUUAGGGGAGUACAAGUAAAUUGUCUAAAGUAAGUAAACGAAUCUGCAGAGUCAUCAAUCAUUUCAUUAUUAGUAGCUUUGUCUGGAUGUCUCCACUUCAGAUUCAGCUAUUUCACGAAAGGUUUUCCUUCUAACUUGUAUGUUGCAUAUUCGGCUCCAUCUUUGUUGCUGUCAUUUGAGAGCUUCGAUUGCUCCCACUGUGUUGCUCUGGUCCAAGGAGUCUACUUUGCAGUUGAAGCGUCUCUCCCCAAAGAUUUGUCCCUGUCUAUCCAAAUGCUGUAACAUAGCUUGUAGCCAUGUAUUCUUUGGGCUUGGGGAUUACCAUUUAAAUGUACAACAAGUAUAUAAACUAUUGUCUUCAAUUUAUUUUUGAUGUUUUUAAUA